AUGUAAGAAUCAGUAUCGGCUUAUCUGAAAACCGAACCAGAUUCACUUAGAGAUCAUCCUCCAAGCAAGUUUAAGCAAAAUAUGAUCCAAAACAAUCAAAGAAUUCUUAAUGGUAAGAAAGUUACUUAUCUGAACAUCAAAAAGCAAAAUCCAUCAAAUCAGAAGGAUGCUUGGAAGCAGAUGUUUGGCAAUUUCCUUCACGAUAUCAAUUUGAAACAAAAGAAGAAACAUUUCUCCCCUGAGGCAAAACAAGUACAUAUAUUUAAUAUUGUGAAUAGCAUCUUUAGGAUCCAUUAGUAAAUGAAAUUCCUAUUCUACUUCCUUGUACUAAUAAGCAAUUCAAGCUGGAGUUCUAUAAAUAUCUUGAAGGGGAAUAAUCAAUUCAAUAAUUAAUGAAGGCCAUUAACUUCCCUCAUGUUCAUGCUGUACUUCUAUAUGAUAUAUUCUAAAAUAGAAAUAAAUUGAGGAUUCAAAAAGUCAUCAGAGAAAACUGUCGAUUGUGCAAAAGAUCAAAAAGUUUAAGAAUCAUGGAUCAACUAAAACUACUACUGACUAAACUCCUUUAUUAGAUAUUAAUAGUUCAACCAGAUAACUCAAAGCACAUCAAAUACGUAUGGUUGAUUAGAGGAGAUUUACUGAAGCUGGAAAAUUAUUGGACAUUUUUAAAACAAAAAUAAACAAAAAGAUUCAGGUUCUGAGAGACUUCGUUUAAUAAAGAGUACUUGUAAAUCGUAAUUUUAUAGAUCGAUUUGAGGAAAUCCUUAAAUAAAGAACAAAGAGAGGAAGAAAUUAGAAACAUUCAUUUUAUAAAGACUUUUUUUGACAUCACUAACGAUUAUAAUUAACAUAUACAGUAACAGUAAGAUGAGCUUAAAGAUGAUGCAUAAUAUUAUAAAAAAUUAGUACCAUGUCAACGAAAACUAAAAUAAUUAUUGGUGAAUUAUGACAAUGUGUAACCAAUCAUCAAACAUUAGGAAAAGCAUUUUGAUAAAUUUGAUUAUCCAUCUUUGGGAAUGUUGAAGAAUUAAAUGAACUAAUAUUCCAAAGAUUACUUAAUGGAGUUAGAACAACAAAAAUAAAUUUAAUUUAAGUUGGCUUUAAAUCAAGUCAGAAAACUUUUGGAAUAACAGAAUAUUAAAUUUUAAUCUGAAUUAAGAAAAUCCAAAAUCAAAAGCAAUUAAAAUUCAAAAUCCCAGUCUCCACUCUUAAUUAAAUAACAAUAAGAUCAAAUAUUCUAAACUAAUUCAAAGAUGUCGGCUGAUUGUGCAUUAGAUGUUGUAGUAGCCAGUCCUAAACAUCACCGUAAUUAAUAUCAAUCAGUAUGUUAACUGAAGGAUUCCAUUUCUGAUCCAAGAAAAAGAAAGUAGUAUGUAAUUACUAAGAAACCUUUUUAUCUGUUUACUUAGUAGGUGGAGGGUAAUAAAAACUUGAAAAAUUCAAAGGGGUUAAUCACAAACUUUGAUGUUAAGUUAUACGAUUAUAUUCACAAUAGAAAUAUCUAUACUUUGAAUAAGCAGUAAUAUAGCUCUUUAUUUUAGGGUUAAGGAGAUGACUUAGAAAUUCCAUACUAUGGUUGAAAGCGAGCAUGAAUAACAGUUAAAUGAGUAAUUAGAUACUCAUUUAAAUCAAUUAAAAAAUCGAAAAUUGAAAUUUCGUUAACACGGAUCUUUGGAGGCAUAAAAAAGGGUUUAAACUGAAAGAUAGGCUGAUGAGAUUUCAGAUGAUUAAUCACUUUAAUCUAUUUAUGAAGUGAACCUUGAUGUUUUAUAUGAUCAAUCAAACCAAUUGACUAAAAAAUUAAGAGAAAAAAAUGAUGCUGGAUUUGCUAAAAGAAUCAAAUAACUUAUUAGAUUGGAAGAAGUGAAUUCGUAAGCAUCAAUCAUUUAUUUUUAGGUAAUGCCUGAAAACAAAUUUGUAGAAGCUGAAUAAAUCUUAGAAUUCUCUAAAUAGUUGA